AUGCCCGAGUUCACCGACAGCUCCAAACAGCUCGCCUCCUCCACGGUUAAGGAAGCUCCGACCAAGCCCGGAGACCAUCGCACCAGGAUUAUUGCUCGUCUUCGCGAUCAAGAAAUCCAUGUUCCGGAUGUGCAUUACAUAUACACGGACUGGGCAGCUAAAGUGCACCCGGAUGUUCUGGUGCUGAGACAGCAUCUAGAGGGAUAUUUCCAAACGUUCAUCAGUACCGAGAGCCAAAGGAAGAAGCAACGCCGGGUAGACAACGGACUCUGCGCGGGAUACUUUUGGACACAUGUGGAACCAGAGAAGUUUGUUAUUCUAGGAGAGCUUGUGGCCUGGAAGGGCCAGUCGAGAGAAGCACGUGAUCGGUUUGCUGAAACCAUCUACGACUUUAUCCGCGGCGUCAAGACAUCUCAGGCUACAUGGGCGCAAGGGAUGUCUACUCUCGAGGAAUAUACAGCGCGCCGUUUGAGAACUGUUGGUACAAACCCGUGCAUUGCUGUCAUGCAAUGGGCCUACAACCUCACUCUUCCACCGUCGAUCUGGAAACACGAAGCUGUAGUAGCCAUAACGCGCGAAGUAGCCAUCUCCGACUUCCUCUGGAACGACAUUGUGAGCUUGCGGAAGGAAAUAGACGACGGCGAUAUCGAUUCUGCCAUCCCGGUGAUGGUAUGGAACGAGGGAUGUAGUGCGCAGGUUGCCGUCGAUCGAUGUGUGAAGAUGGUGGAGGAGAGCUGGGCGAGGCUGUUGGAGGCAGAGACCCGACUUGUAAAGGCGCAUGCUCAAGAGUCUGAGCAAACCAAGCGCGAUAUCGAGACGUUGGUUGGCGGGUGUAAGGACGUAUUGGUUGGACAUAUGGUUUACUCGUGA